AUUUUUUUCUUUCCUUCUUUUAUCUAGUAGGCCAAGUCAUUCUGCUGGCUUGUCCCAGCCUGGCUGGCAGGUUUAAAACCCAGCGUGCACACGUAGAAGCAAGCUGCAGGUACCACUGAAGGACUGUAGACUUAGGCUCGGAAGCAUGGAAAGCCUCUGUGCAGCAAACAGCACUUUUGCUGUGGAGCUGUUCAGAAAGCUGUGUGAGAAGAAAAGUGGGCAGAAUGUGUUCUUUUCGCCAUUGAGCAUUUCUUCUGCUUUGUCUAUGGUUUUGCUGGGUUCAAGAGGUAACACUGAAGCCCAAAUAAGCAAGGUGCUUUCUCUGAAGAAUGCCCAGGAUGCUCACAAUGGGUACCAGUCCCUUCUGUCUGAAAUUAAUGAUCCAAACACCAAAUACAUCCUGAGAACUGCAAACCGGCUCUAUGGAGAAAAGACCUUUGAGUUUCUUCCAUCAUUUAUAGAGUCCAGUCAGAAGUCCUACCAUGCUGGCCUGGAACAGAUGGACUUUCUGCAUGCCUGGGAGGAUUCCAGGAAACAAAUCAAUGGCUGGGUAGAGGAAAGGACUGAAGGUAAAAUUCAGAACCUGUUGGCAGAGGGAAUUCUCGAUUCCCUGACCAGGCUUGUGUUGGUGAAUGCCAUCUAUUUCAAAGGCAACUGGGAAGAGCAGUUCAACAAACAGAGUACCAGAGAGAGGCCAUUCCAAAUUAAUAAGAAUGAAUCCAGACCUGUGCAGAUGAUGUUCAAGGAGGCAAAUUUUAACAUGACCUACAUUGGAGACUACCAGACCAAAAUCCUUGAGCUCCCCUAUGUGGGUAAUGAAGUGAGCAUGAUCAUCCUGCUGCCUGAUGCAAUCCAGGAUGGCUCCACAGGCUUGGAAAGACUGGAGAAAGAACUUACAUACGAGAAGCUAAUAGAUUGGAUCAAUCCUGAAAUGAUGGACUCUACAAAAGUGAGGGUGUCUUUACCCAGAUUUAAACUGGAAGAAAAUUAUGAUCUGAAACCCCUUCUGAGCAGCAUGGGAAUGCCUGAUGCAUUUGAGAUGGGCAAGGCAGACUUCUCAGGAAUGUCAUCUGGGAACGAGCUGGUGCUCUCUGAAGUGGUUCACAAAUCCUUUGUGGAAGUCAAUGAAGAAGGCACUGAAGCAGCUGCUGCCACAGCUGCAGUGAUGAUGAUGCGCUGUGCAUUGAGAGUUCCAGAAUUCACUGCUGAUCACCCCUUCCUCUUCUUCAUCCGGCACAACAAAACCUCCAGCAUUUUGUUCUGUGGCAGAUUUUGCUGCCCCUAAGGAAAAGAUGACUUGGCUGCAUAGUUGCCUUCAAACAAUAAAUUUGUAUUUCCAUGGAACAGGGUGACUCAUUCUGCACUAAUUGUCUCUUUUGGCUGUGCCUAAAGCUUCUUCUGUGGUCUUGAUUUAGGGCUUGGCAGGAAUAACUGAUCUGCUUAGAUAAACAGAGCACUUGCCAUGUCCAACCCCUGCUGUGCCUGUGUGCAGAGGUCUCCAGGUUCUGGCUGACACAAAAUCCAUCCCACUUGCUCUGUGAGCGCUUCUUCUGUGCUUGACUUCACUUUUGGUGUCCAGCAGGCAGGGUCAGGCAGUGAGAGUCCACAGGAGUGAAGUUACUUUUGCUUGUGCCCAGGCUGGAGCACAUCUGUAGCUGCCCUGCCCUUUUACCUUCCAGUCACAUGCAUUGAGUGCCUUGAUAGACUGCCUGGAGCUGAAAGGAGUUUUUGGCAGCCUGUUCCAAGUAUGGCUGAACAUGCUGCAUAGGUGGGGUUUUGACUAACAGCUGGACUACCACUUAGGCAAGAAUGAGAAUGAAAGGAUGCUUUUGUAGCAGAUGUCCCUGUGAUGUAUUUGUGGUGUGAGUACCUUUGUUU